UAAAGAGAGGCUGCAUUCUCAGACUGACACUUAUUCAACACUGCCACCUUAAGCAGAUUACUUUUGCGCUGCCUGUGUCAAAUACGUGGUUCACUUUGCCUCUCCAUCAUGUUUGGGAUGCUGAAACACCACCUUCACCCGGGCAUUUUUCUCUUGUUCUUAUGGCUUUGUCACCUCAUGGAACAUCAAAAAGUUCAAGCUGGGAACUGUUGGUUGCAGCAGGGGAAAAACGGGAGGUGCCAGGUGCUCUACAUGCCCGGGAUGAGCAGGGAGGAGUGCUGUCGGAGUGGAAGACUGGGGACGUCCUGGACCGAGGAGGACGUCCCCAACAGCACGCUCUUUAGGUGGAUGAUCUUCAAUGGCGGAGCUCCCAAUUGCAUACCUUGCAAAGGUGGAGAAACCUGCGACAAUGUUGACUGUGGGCCCGGAAAGAGGUGCAAGUUGAACCGAAGAAGCAAGCCGCGCUGCGUGUGCGCACCAGACUGCUCCAACAUCACCUGGAAAGGACCUGUCUGCGGCUCUGAUGGAAAGACCUACAAAGACGAAUGCGCACUGCUAAAAGCUAAAUGCAAAGGUCAUCCCGAUCUGGACGUACAGUACCAGGGCAAAUGCAAGAAAACGUGCCGUGACGUCUUGUGCCCCGGCAGCUCCACAUGCGUCGUAGACCAGACCAACAACGCGUAUUGUGUGACGUGUAAUCGGAUUUGCCCCGAGGUGACGUCGCCCGAGCAAUACCUGUGUGGAAACGAUGGGAUCAUCUAUGCCAGCGCGUGUCACCUGAGAAGAGCUACCUGUCUCCUCGGCAGGUCUAUUGGAGUGGCAUAUGAGGGAAAAUGCAUCAAGGCCAAGUCAUGUGAGGAUAUCCAGUGCAGCGCGGGGAAGAAGUGUCUGUGGGAUGCUCGGAUGGGCCGAGGCCGUUGCUCAUUGUGCGAUGAGUCCUGUCCGGAGAGUAGGACAGAUGAGGCUGUGUGUGCCAGCGACAACACCACAUAUCCCAGUGAAUGUGCCAUGAAGCAAGCUGCUUGCUCAAUGGGGGUGCUGCUUGAAGUCAAACACUUAGGAUCUUGCAACUCCAUUACAGAAGACCAGGAGGAGGAUGAGGAAGAUGAGGACUCAGACUACAUGGCCUAUGUCCAUUUAUCUUCUAUACUGGAUGGAUAGGCUCACAUCACUAGGGGAACAGUCCUAGGGCAAGGAAUCAUGUCCAUACUGUAUAUUAUGUGUAUGCUUAUUUAUUUUUUAAAGAAAAAGGAAGUAUACAUAUAGUUCAGUCUGCUAGAUGUUUAUUUAUACUUUUUGUGUUUUAUAAAUUAUACAUUUACAUUGUCAGGCUAUCACCUACCAUGAUAUAUUGUGUUACCACUCAUUUCCCUUUUUUUGUUGUUGUCCCUUUUACUUUCUUUUUUUAUCAUGAAGAAAUAUAUUUGUCCAAAGAAAAGCAGUGUUAUUUAUUUUUCAUGGUACCGUGUAAGUAUAAGUCCUCUUCAAGCUGUAAAUUGCAUUCCCUGAGCUGUAAAAAAUCUGCUUGUUUCUGUCAAAUCUCUAUCACAGAUGUUUAUGUCACACAUACAUAAAUGCAUGUUUAGGCUGUGUGUUUAUUUAUUGGGAAAUAUAUCAAUCAUUUUAUGUACAGAAGUGUGUCUGGUUUGUUUACAACUAUAAUUACUGACCAAAGGGAUUCUCUCAAUGGUUUUGCAAAAGAGCACUGUAAAUGGUGCAACACAGCAGUGAUGGAAUAGAAAAGAAAAAAAGAGCCAUUUAGUUUUUUCUUUUCUUAGUUUUAAGUUUCCUUCAGUUUUAGCCCUUUAGGUUUGUUUCCACAUGGAGACUGUAGACAUAAUUAAAUAUAGCUUUUAUUUUGUCUCACUACAUUAGAGGUAAGUUUGGGCGAUACUUGAUUACUUUGGAAACAAUGUGCCAUUAACAUUUGUGAGCUGUCUUCUUGCCAAUGUACUCCGUACUGCUCUCACAGAGCUACACUAGGACUAACAUACUGCAAUACUCUACACUAUAUCUGACUUCUUCACUUUGUUUCUUUUUAUUUGUUUUUUUUUCUCCUCAGAAUGCAUUUUUUUUAUUUUCAAACAUCACAAGAGAAAUACAAAAUUCUGUUAUGAAUAUAUAGUUUUGUAUUUUUUAUGUAAAUGUCAUAUGUACAUACAAAGUUUGAUGGUAUUUGUACAGAUAUGAAGA